GAAGAACAGAGCACCGAACCACACACCACAACUUCGCAUAAUUUUCAGGUAAAAUGGUUUCCUUGAGAGAACUCACAGAGCUACGAGGUAACCAGGGCCGAGAAGAAGAGGGGGAGGGGGUUAUAUCUGUGGAGCCUAUCACGAUCAUAGUGCCACCGACGUUGCAAGAUGUGCCGGAAACAAUGACGCCAGGCAGCAACGCCAACUCGAGCGCUAGGGACAACGGUGGUGACCACCCUACGGCGUCGUCUAGCAACUCGUCCUCUGAGGAGGCGUCCAGCCGCGGGGAAGGGAUGGGGGAUGUGGUGAGCCAUGUUUCAGAUCGGCCUAUGAUUGGAGAAUGGGAGAACAGGGCAAUAACGGGCAGACUGAGCAACCUACGCAAGGUGCCCAAGGAGCUGCCAUCUGGGUUCAGGUUCAGGGCGGCGCUUCACCACGAAGUGGCAGAUCGUGCGCCCUCGAUAAGCAGAUAUAGAAAAUUGGAGGAAAUGACGGGCUGGAUACCGGUGUACGUGGACCACUUUGAUGCCGGCUUGCGAUUUCCUUUGCCCAGGCUGGUGUUCAAUCUGCUGGCGGACUACGAGCUGGCCCUGAUGCAGCUGACGCUCAACAGCAUAAGGUUCAUCAUAGGCUUUAUGCUGUUGUGCGCGAGGUUGGAGGUACCAGCUAAAGCAAUAGUCUUCAGAUCGCUGUUCCAGUGCCGACUGUGCCCGAACUCCAGAGGUGCGAGGUGGUACUACCUCUCUGGGAGGGAGAAGAGCCAGCUCUUCAAAAAUGUGAGGAACAAAGUUGCGCGGUGGAAAAGGCAGUUCAUUUUCGUUCGCGACACGCGGACAGAAAGGAUAAGCAACGACCUCGCUGCCCGGCUAUCGGAAUGGCGUACGCCGAAUGCACAUGUCAACUACCCCCAGCUGUUGCCCCGGGAUGUGGAUCUAAAAAAUCAACUGCUUGAGUAUGCGAGGAGGGAGAAUUUAAUAGAUCUAGAAGUCCUGGUUACCUCGGAGCAGCUCGCCGUGUUCGGGUUUGUCGACGUGGCAAACCUGUUCACAGAAGGAGAAAUGAGCAGUAUUCUUGAGCGCCAACGCCAACGAGCCCAGGGCUCACGAGGUCGCAGGGCGGGCAGCACCUCGCACAGACAAACACGGUUCGACGAGCGGCCACCUAUAGCGCCACAAUCACGCAGCUCAUCACAUCGUGGCUUGAGCUCGGCGUCUAGGCCUCGCACCGACCAGUGGGCUGAGACUGCGGCUCCCGGUGCACGCAGGCGUGCACCAGCAGAGCCCGCCUCUGCGUCGAUGUCAGUGUUGGCACCCAGGAUCACGUAUCCUGAGGGCUUCAUCUACGUGAAGCCCGAGUGCCAGCCCGCCAUGGUGCAGGGCAUGCAAAGUUUCGUACCUCCCGUGGAUCGUCAACGGGCAAGGGCGUUUGUACAACAGCAUGGCGGGCAAGCAACCAUGAUUAAACUGAUGGACGCGUUCAGCUACACAUUGGCGUUGUUCGAUAGCGAGCAGGGGGCUCGCUCCCAAAAUAACGAGCUCAGUGCCAAUUGCAAGCAGUUGGCGGCAGAGAAGGCCAGCCUUGUUGAUGAUGUCAAUCGUCUGCAAGGCUCGGAGAUGGCCAACCGAGCCGCUGCCGCAGAGAGCCGAGCAGACGAGCUCGCGAACAGAAAUAACGAGCUCAAAGAGGAGUUGGAGCGGGCUCGAGCUGAAAAAGAGAGCGGAAUCCAGGCGGCAAAGGACGAGGCCGCCAGGGUUGAGGAACGGGCUAAGAAGGCCAAGGACGAAAGGGACAAUGCUCAUAACGAACUGAACUCCCUUAGGCGCCAGGUCGGCGAGGCCGACAAGAACCUCAGUGCCGCUCAAGGGGCCCUAGACGAACUGAGGACAUCUCAUGGGCACUCGGUCGGUAUCGCCCACGCUCAAGGUGCAGAGUGGCUGGUGGGCUCGGCCAUAUUUCAAGAUGCGGUGGCGGUGGCGUCUGCGAAUGUGACCACGAAGAUCUACAACGAGAUCCGUGAGAAGGUGCUGUACCAUCGCCCGGAUUUCCCCAUAUGCGAGCUGGCGUUUUUCGAUGGGGAGGAUAUUGACGAGCAGGGUAAGAGCCUUGCUCCCCUCGCUGACACAACAGUACGGCUGAGGUGGGAUCUGAACAAGGAGGGAGUACCCAUCUGGCCUCCCUCAAUCCUAGAAGAGGGGGAGGAUCCAUUGGGGAUGCCCUCUUUUGACUGAUGGGUGGAAGGGGCUCCUGUUGAUGCACUAAAAUCACCCUAGCAAG